AAAAAAGACAGAUGGCCGGAGAAAGGGUAGUGGGAGUGGCGGUGGAUUUUUCAGCGUGCAGCAAAAAAGCUCUGAAAUGGGCGGUUGAGAAUUUACUCCGGAAAGGGGAUCACCUUGUUCUCGUCACUGUUCGUCCUCAAGGCCACUACGAGGAAGGCGAGAUGCAGCUCUGGGAAACCACCGGUUCUCCUCUGAUUCCUAUAGCGGAAUUGACGGAUAGUCAUAUUAUGAACAAAUAUGGAGUCAGUCCAGAUGCAGAAACACUGGACAUUGUGACUACUGCAGCCAGGCAGAAAGAGAUUGUUGUUGUGAUGAAGAUAUUUUGGGGUGAUGCCCGGGAGAAGCUAUGUGAAGCAGUGGAUAAAGUUUAUUUGAGCUGUCUUGUUGUUGGGAAUAGAGGACUUGGCACACUCAAGAGGGCUAUCAUGGGUAGCGUCAGUAACUAUGUGGUGAAUAAUUCUUCUUGCCCAGUUACCAUUGUGAAGGGUUCUGUGAAUGAAUAACUCCUGGCUGGCUGACCGUCUUCUGUUGUAUCCAUAUCUAUAUACCUUCACUAAUACGGAGUACUAAAUACAGUGACCUCUUGUUUGCCUCUGUUAAAAUAUCUGUUUGUUUGUCAAAUAUAUGUAAUCAUUCGGUCAAGUAACUGUUUUUUGUUGGUCAUGUUUGUAUAUUGGAGAUUGAGAUUGCUGCCCC